AUGCCAACACCAACAAUACUGAUCGUCGGCGCUGGCCCCGUCGGCCUGACAGCAGCCCUCAGCCUGCACCGAAGCGGUGUCCCAGCCCGCGACAUCCUGGUUGCUGACCAAAGACCUGCACACGAUCCAACGAGGACAUGGUCCAAGGCCAUCAGCAUGAGCGCGAGCACCCUCGAGGUCUUCCGCAUCUUGGGCAUUGCCGAGCGCUUCAUCGAAGUUGGCAGGCCCCUGUACACGAACCACUUCGGGGGCGGGCUCCGGCUUCUUGACCUGAACUACGAGGUCAUUGGCACCAAGUACCCGUUCAACAUGGGAAUCCCCCAGCUCCGAACGGAGGCGUUAUUGUUGCAGAGGUGUGAGGAAGUUGGUAUAAGAUUCUCCUGGGCCCGGCGAUUCACCAACUUUAGUCAGACCGAAUCAGGCGUCUCGGCCACUUUCCAAAAGUCAGACUUGCCUGACAGCGCAGCGGAUGACCACGUCGAAAUCAUAGAAGGCUCGUGGCUAAUAGGGUGCGACAGCACUCACAGCGCUGUCCGGGAAGCAGCCGGGAUCCCGUUUGAGGGGACCCCAACGACACGGUACACCUGGCUCGCCGACGGGUAUUGCGACGUAGACACGCCCGGCAUGCUUACCGUCAGGGACAAAGAAGGCAAAUCCUUGGUCAUAGCCUCGGGCGAUGGCCCGACCGGCCGCCGGUUCAUCGGAAACACCCCUCUGGUCCAGAUUACCCCAGGCGAGCAUCCUACUGCCCCAAGCGAGAGCGAAGUCCGUGAAUGGGCAGUGAGGGUGUUCAGAAGUCACUUCAACUUCCACGGAAUGACGUGGUCGUCCGUCGUCGGGAACGCGAUGCGGCUCGCCGAGAGCUUUCGGUCCGGCCGUGUGUUCAUUGCGGGUGAUGCUGCGCAUCAAAUCUUCCCGUCUGGGGGCCAGGGGAUGAACACCGGUCUCGUCGAUGCGACCAAUCUGGCCUGGAAGCUUGCAGCGGUGGUUACAGGUCAAAUUGGGCCAGACCCGAGAGUGAUCGAGCGAGUGCUGGACAGCUACACGACGGAGCGACGAGCAUUAGCCGAGGCCGUGAGCCAGAACGCCCGGAUGCAAAUGCAAGUCCUAUUCGAGUAUACGGAGGACGAGAGGGCCGUCUCUGCGUUCAUAAACGAGGCGCUCGGUGAGCCAUCAUUGAACAAAAGGUGGGCCCAGCGGUUUACGGGGUUCGGGGACCCGGUCGAGCCAUACCAGCUUGCGUUUGAUGGCAGGACGAGCGACAGCCUCGUCGGGACUCGAAUCACACACAUCGCGGACGACAAUGACCAUGCCCUUCUUGAGGCUACCCUAAAAGGUAUUUUUGUCCUAGCUGCGGUAGGCGGGUCGGAUCGCGAGGCCGGCGAUUUCGGGAAGUUCAAAGACCUCGUCAAGACAGGCAAGCAUGAAGGGCUGGUCCAUGUGCUCGAGGCACCAGUGAAAGGCUUGGCAGAGAAGUGGAAACAAGUGAAAGCGAUGCUGAUCCGACCAGACUUUCGUGUGGCAUGGGUAGCGAGAGAUGAUGACGAUACCGACGUGAGCCAAGCCGGCUUGGCAAAGGUUCUAGAAUGGUGGCUUGGCUAG